AUGCCCGUGGUCAAUAUAGAUGAUUUAGUUCGUCUGCAACGGCAACCUGAGGAUAUUCGGAAUAUCUGUAUCCUCGCCCACGUUGAUCAUGGCAAAACAUCCCUCACAGACAGUCUUAUUGCCACCAAUGGCAUUAUCUCGCCCAAGUUGGCCGGUAAAAUCCGCUACUUGGAUUCAAGGCCGGAUGAACAACUACGAGGUAUUACAAUGGAAUCAUCUGCGAUUUCACUGUUCUUCUCUAUGUUUCGCCGUUCAAGUCCGGAUACAGAUCCUAUCAAAAAGGAGUACUUGAUUAACCUCAUCGACUCUCCGGGUCAUAUCGACUUCAGCAGUGAAGUUUCUACGGCCUCUCGUCUCUGUGAUGGAGCUGUGGUGCUUAUCGAUGCAGUUGAAGGCGUCUGCAGUCAGACCGUCACAGUGCUUCGACAGACCUGGGUUGAGCAGCUGAAGCCGAUUCUCAUUAUCAACAAAAUGGAUCGACUGGUGACCGAGCUUAUGAUGAGCCCAAGCGAAGCUUAUUCACAUCUCAGCAGACUUCUUGAACAAGUCAACGCAGUGAUUGGCAGCUUCUACCAAGGUGAGCGCAUGGAAGAGGACUUGCAGUGGCGCGAGCGUAUGGAGGAUCGUGUCAAUGCUCUUGCCUCGCGGGACAAGGAAAAGUCAAAGAACAAAACUGCGGAGGAUAACGCUCCAGAGAACUUCGAUGACUUUGUUGAGUUUGAGGAGCGUGAUGACGAAGAUCUCUAUUUCGCUCCAGAGAAGAAUAACGUUAUCUUCUGCAGUGCUGUAGACUGUUGGGCCUUCACCAUCAGGCAAUUCGCUGCUAUCUACGAAAAGAAACUGGGAAUCAAGCGCAAAAUAUUGGAAAAAGUGCUCUGGGGUGACUUCUACCUUGACCCCAAGACGAAACGUGUUCUGGGACAGAAGCAUCUCAAAGGCAGGGCUCUGAAGCCUAUGUUCGUGCAACUUGUCCUGGACAGUAUCUGGGCCGCAUAUGAGGCGACCACUGGUGGUGGGAAGGGAAAAGGUGAUUCUGUUUUGCUAGAGAAAAUCACGAAAUCAUUGAAUCUCUCAAUCCCGCCAUAUGUCAUGCGCUCGCGUGAUCCGAGAAACAUCAUGACCACCUUGUUUUCGCAAUGGCUGCCACUUUCCACAGCGGUGCUCGUCUCCGUGAUUGAAUAUCUACCAAGCCCUCCGGCCGCACAAGCUGCGCGUCUUCCUGAGAUGAUUAAAACUUCGCCUGGCUCGGACAAAGUGUCUGAAGAAAUCAAAAAGGCGAUGGUUUCGUUCAAGACUAGCCCCGAAGAACCGGUCGUUGCCUAUGUCAGCAAAAUGAUGGCGGUUCCGGAAAGCGAGCUGGGAUCAAGUAAAAAGCGUGCGGGUGGCACUAUGAGUGCAGAUGAGGCUCGAGAGAUAGCUCGUCGCAAGAGAGAGGAAAUUGCAAAGAUGCAAGCUGAAGCCGCGCCGGCGUCAAAUGAUGCUUUCGAGAGAAUGACAUCGGCAUUUGAGAGUACGAACUUGAUCACGGAAACCGAGGGGCCAGAAGAGUCUACAGAGAAGGAGGAUCCCGAGCACCUCAUUGGUUUCGCUCGACUCUAUUCCGGAACACUGUCGGUCGGAGACUCAAUUUACGUGUUGCCGCCCAAAUUCUCGCCAGCGGAUCCACACGCAAGCCCCGAGCCGAAGAAGGUCACAGUCACAGACCUGUAUCUACUCAUGGGUCGAAGCCUGGAGCCCUUGAAGUCCGUACCUGCUGGAGUGGUUUUUGGUAUUGGAGGUCUUGCCGGACAUGUCCUCAAGACGGGCACCCUUUGCAGUCAACUUGAGGGAAGCAUCAACCUGGCGGGUGUCUCGAUGAGCACGCCUCCCAUCGUCCGUGUCGCACUGGAGCCUACUAACCCGGCGGAUCUUAAUAAAAUGAUCACUGGGCUGCGUCUCUUGGAGCAGAGCGAUCCUUGUGCUGAAUACGAGGUUCUUCCCAGCGGCGAGCAUGUCAUCCUGACAGCGGGAGAAUUGCAUUUGGAACGCUGCAUUAAAGAUCUCCGCGAGCGUUUUGCCCGAUGUGAUAUUCAAACCGGUGAAGCGAUUGUUCCCUAUCGGGAGACAAUUGUCGAUGCUGCCGAAAUGGCCGCUCCCCGGAACUCAGAGCUCGGCCGUGGUUGCGUUCUCUCAGUUUCCGCAUCAAAGCAGAUGACCAUCCGGCUGCGUGUCAUGCCCAUGCCGUCGGUUGUCACAGACUUCUUGUCGAAGCAUGUCGGAACCAUCAAGCAAUUACAAGCGGAGAAACGCAACGCUGCGGAGUCGAAAGCAGGGUCGACCCCCGCAGUCUCGGAGUCUACGCAGCAGGAAGAGGCAACUGGGGCUGCUGCUGCCGGUGAAAUUGGCGAGGGUAAUCUCAUGACUAUGAAGGAGUUCCGAGACGAAUUGAAAAAGGUCUUCGAAGAGGAAGUCAAAGAGGAAAAGGAGCUGUGGAACAAUGUCGUGGAGCGAGUUAUCGCGUUUGGUCCACGUAGGGUUGGGCCAAAUAUUCUGGUGGAUGCUACGGCAGUCAAUACAUGCGAGAAAUUCUUGCUUGAGGACUUCAAACAGAAGAAUGUGUCUUCCGACGAUAUGAAGGCCCUUCUAGUACGCGAUCUAUGCGACAAGAUUGCAUAUGCGUUCCAGCUGGCUACUGGGCAAGGACCACUUUGUCAGGAACCGAUGCAAGGAGUUGCCGUGUUUUUAGAGGAACUUGCUGUCGAUGCUAGCUCCAGCGACGAGCUUGACAUGGGCCGUCUGACAGGCGACUCGAUCAAGCUUGUCCGCGAAGGUAUUACGCAAGGAUUCUUAGAUUGGAGUCCCCGCAUCAUGCUCGCAAUGUACAGUUGCGAGAUUCAAGCGACGACUGAGGUCCUUGGUCGAGUGUAUGGUGUCAUCACCCGCCGAAGAGGCCGUAUUUUGUCUGAGGUGAUGAAAGAAGGGACCCCCUUCUUCACAAUCCUCGCUCUGCUCCCAGUCGCCGAGUCCUUUGGUUUCGCCGAAGAAAUCCGCAAGCGUACCUCGGGCGCUGCACAACCUCAACUCAUCUUUGCAGGAUUCGAAGCUCUAGAUGAGGAUCCGUUCUGGGUUCCUGCCACCGAGGAGGAGCUGGAAGACCUGGGCGAACUGGCGGAUCGGGAGAACGUCGCUAAGCGGUAUAUGGACGCCGUGAGGUCUCGAAAGGGUCUUGUCGUGCAGGGCCGGAAGUUGAUUGAUGCCGAGAAGCAGAAGACAUUGAAGAAGUAA